GAGUGAUGCUCCAGAAGGAGUGGGAUUUGGGUGACAGAAGAGCAGGCUGCCAGAGGAUCACUCCUUUGCAAUGCGAACAAAACACCAACAAUACUGAGAAAGAUGGAUUCUUUGAGAUGCCAAACGUUAAGCUGCCUGAUAACCCCAACACUUCGGUCAAGGUUGGGAGUAGGGAAGGCUGCGAGUUGGUUUGUAUGAGUAAUUGCUCCUGCAAUGCUUAUUCCUACAACGGUAGUGGCUGCUUUGUUUGGCACGGAGGGUUGCUGAAUCUGCAAGAACAAUAUGAUCAAUCCGAUGCAAGCACUCUUUACCUGCGCUUGGCUGCCUCGGAGUUGCAAUCUUCUGAAAGAGACAAGAAGAGAGUGGCAAGUUGGGUUAUCAUCGGUUCCAUUGUCCUGGCCAUCUUGUUUACUUGCGUUCCUACCAUUUUGAUUGUGAUAAAGAAGCGAGAAAGUAGGCGGAUGAUUGAGAAAGCAAAGGCUAUGCAGAGUCGUCUCGUCUCGUUCACAUACAGUGAGCUGCAACAAGCCACACGGAAGUUCUCAACGAAGCUCGGGGGAGGAGGCUUUGGAUCAGUGUUCAAAGGCACUUUGCCGGGGUCUAAUUAUAUCGCUGUGAAGAAGCUUGAGGGCCUUUACCAAGGCGAGAAGCAAUUCCGAGCGGAGGUGAGCACACUAGGAGCCAUUCAACAUGUAAACCUCAUUAGGCUAAUAGGAUUUUGCUCUCAAGGGACCAAGAAGUUGUUGGUCUACGAGUUCAUGCCAAGCGGUUCCUUAGCUGAUCAACUUUUUCUUAGCAACUCGAAUGUACUAGACUGGAAAACAAGAUAUCAAAUUGCUACCGGAACUGCAAGAGGAUUAGCCUAUCUCCAUGAGCAAUGCAGAGACAGCAUCAUACAUUGUGACAUUAAGCCAGAGAACAUACUGUUGGACGAUGCACUUGUGCCAAAGGUAGCUGAUUUUGGUCUAGCAAAGCUUGUCGGAAGGAAAUUUAGCAAAGUUCUCACAACCAUUCGAGGAAGUAGAGGGUACAUCGCGCCUGAAUGGAUUUGGGGUAUGCCCAUCACUACAAAAGUAGACGUUUACAGCUACGGAAUGAUGUUGUUCGAGAUCAUAUCAGGAAAGAGAAACCUCAUGCACACCGGAGAAAGUAGUUUUGAGUUCUUCCCCUUAGUCGCAACGAACAAACUCGUAAUCGGAGAUGUCAAAAGCUUGAUAGAUCAAAGGUUAGAGGGUAAAGUCAACUUAGAAGAGUUUGAAAUAGUUUGUAAACUUGCUUGCUGGUGCAUUCAAGAUGACGAGAGUUCGAGGCCAACCAUGAGUCAAAUUGUUCAAGCUCUAGAGGGCAAUCUAGAUGUUGGCAUUCCUCCUGCUCCAAGGUCUCUUGGAGCCCUAAACGUGUCAUGAGCCAAGAGCAUCAAUUCCUCUAGCUCACAUCAGCACUAAGGAUUAUUGUGCCACUUCAACUAGUCCUCAGAUGUGGAGUUCUGCAACUUAAAUCCUGUUUAAGUUCCAAUAAAACCAGGAGAAAGAGUUGCAGUGAGUUCCUUUUUUAUUUAUUUAUUUAUUUUUAUUUUUUGUAUUUGAACUUUAAAUC